UAGGUGAACAUUUCUACCACUAUGAGGAGUUCGGAAUACAGCCACCAUGUGGUCAGGCCCUGACAAAGGUCGGAGGGUUUAUAAACUGACGGUUUCAGCUUUUUCUGCGUAUUCACUCCGUGGGCAGUCGAACUCAAACAUGGCACUGGAUCCAAGGGCUUUGGGAGGCAAGUCGGGGCAUAACUUUGCCAACUGGGCGAAGACGUACACGUGUCAGCCAGAGGCUUAUUUUGAGCCCAAGACUACAGAUGAAAUGAGAGAAAUUCUGUCAUGCGCCCAGCAGAGAGGGAAGAAGGUUAAGGUUGUGGGGUGUGGUCAUUCGCCGUCUGAUCUGGCCUGUACAACAGAUUACAUGAUCUGUCUGAGACAUUACAACAGACUUCUAAAGGUGGACAAGGAGCGGUCUCAGGUGAAGGUAGAAGGAGGGAUGCUUGUCAGAGAUCUCAACGAUUCCGUCCUCAAUCCUAACGGCCUAGCACUGAGCGUAUUAGGUUCCAUCUCUGAUAUUUCCAUAGCUGGCACGAUCUCUACAGGCACUCAUGGCACGGGGGAACGAUACGGGACGUUAUCCUCAUAUAUUGUUGAGCUAGAGCUGUUGACGGCGUCGGGUGAGAUACUGGAGAUAUCAUCAUUGACACGUCGAUUUGUGGCAAGGGUAUAA